AUGUGGACAGCGCCGCGCAUAUCUGGACAGCGCCGCGCAUAUGUGGACAGCGCAGCGCAUAUCUGGACAGCGCCGCGCAUAUCUGGACAGCGCCGCGCAUAUCUGGACAGCGCCGCGCAUAUGUGGACAGCGCCGCGCAUAUCUGGACAGCGCCACGCAUAUGUGGACAGCGCAGCGCAUAUCUGGACAGCGCCGCGCAUAUCUGGACAUUCCCGCCUGGUCCGCACUCACACAUUCCCGCCUGGUCCGCACUCUCACAUUCCCGCCUGUCCCGCACUCUCGCUCACCCCCCUGUUCCGCACUCUCACAUUCCCCCCUGUUCCACACUCUCACAUUCCCCCCUGUUCCGCACUCUCACAUUCCCCCCUGUCGCUCACUCUCGCAUACCCACCUGCCUGUCAUAGGCACUCACACAUUCCCUCGUGCCCAGCACUCUCCCAUUCCCACGGGCCCAGCACCCUAACAUUACCUCCUAUCCCGCACUCUCACAUCCCCUCCUCGCCCGCACUCUCACAUCCCCUCCUCUCCCGCACUCUCUCAUUCCCUCCUAUCCCGCACUCUCUCAUCCCCUCCUCUCCCGCACUCUCUCAAUCCCUCCUAUCCCGCACUCUCUCAUUCCCUCCUAUCCCGCACUCUCUCAUUCCCUCCUAUCCCGCACUCUCUCAUUCCCUCCUAUCCCGCACUCUCUCAUUCCCUCCUAUCCCGCACUCUCUCAUUCCCUCCUAUUCCGCCCUCCCUCAUUCAGGCCUGUCCCGCACUCUCGCAUACCCCUUCCUGGCCCACUCACAUACCCCCUCACCCGCACUCACACAUUCCCCCCUGUUCCGCACUCUCACAGUCCAGCCUGGACCGCACCGCACUCUCGCAUUCCCCCCUCUUCCGCACUCUCACAUACCCCCCUGUUCCGCACUCCCACCCUCCCCCCUGUUCCGCACUCUCACAUUCCCCCUGUUCCGCACUCUCCCAUUCCCCCCUGUUCCGCACUCUCACAUUUCCUCGUGGCCAGCACUCUCCCAUUCCCACGGGCCCAGCACCCUAACAUUACCUCCUAUCCCGCACUCUCACAUCCCCUCCUCUCCCGCACUCUCUCAUUCCCUCCUAUCCCGCACUCUCUCAUCCCCUCCUCUCCCGCACUCUCUCAUUCCCUCCUAUCCCGCACUCUCUCAUUCCCUCCUAUCCCGCACUCUCUCAUUCCCUCCUAUCCCGCACUCUCUCAUUCCCUCCUAUCCCGCACUCUCUCAUUCCCUCCUAUCCCGCACUCUCUCAUCCCCUCCUCUCCCGCACUCUCUCAUUCCCUCCUAUCCCGCACUCUCUCAUUCCCUCCUAUCCCGCACUCUCUCAUUCCCUCCUAUCCCGCACUCUCUCAUUCCCUCCUAUCCCGCACUCUCUCAUUCCCUCCUAUUCCGCCCUCCCUCAUUCAGGCCUGUCCCGCACUCUCGCAUACCCCUUCCUGGCCCACUCACAUACCCCCUCACCCGCACUCACACAUUCCCCCCUGUUCCGCACUCUCACAGUCCAGCCUGGACCGCACCGCACUCUCGCAUUCCCCCCUCUUCCGCACUCUCACAUACCCCCCUGUUCCGCACUCCCACCCUCCCCCCUGUUCCGCACUCUCACAUUCCCCCUGUUCCGCACUCUCCCAUUCCCCCCUGUUCCGCACUCUCACAUUUCCUCGUGGCCAGCACUCUCCCAUUCCCACGGGCCCAGCACCCUAACAUUACCUCCUAUCCCGCACUCUCACAUCCCCUCCUCUCCCGCACUCUCUCAUUCCCUCCUAUCCCGCACUCUCUCAUCCCCUCCUCUCCCGCACUCUCUCAUUCCCUCCUAUCCCGCACUCUCUCAUUCCCUCCUAUCCCGCACUCUCUCAUUCCCUCCUAUCCCGCACUCUCUCAUUCCCUCCUAUCCCGCACUCUCUCAUUCCCUCCUAUCCCGCACUCUCUCAUCCCCUCCUCUCCCGCACUCUCUCAUUCCCUCCUAUCCCGCACUCUCUCAUUCCCUCCUAUCCCGCACUCUCUCAUUCCCUCCUAUCCCGCACUCUCUCAUUCCCUCCUAUCCCGCACUCUCUCAUUCCCUCCUAUCCCGCACUCUCUCAUUCCCUCCUAUCCCGCACUCUCUCAUCCCCUCCUCUCCCGCACUCUCUCAUUCCCUCCUAUCCCGCACUCUCUCAUUCCCUCCUAUCCCGCACUCUCUCAUUCCCUCCUAUCCCGCACUCUCUCAUCCCCUCCUCUCCCGCACUCUCUCAUUCCCUCCUAUCCCGCGCUCUCUCAUUCCCUCCUAUCCCGCACUCUCUCAUUCCCUCCUAUCCCGCACUCUCUCAUUCCCUCCUAUCCCGCACUCUCUCAUUCCCUCCUAUCCCGCACUCUCUCAUUCCCUCCUAUUCCGCCCUCCCUCAUUCAGGCCUGUCCCGCACUCUCGCAUACCCCUUCCUGGCCCACUCACAUACCCCCUCACCCGCACUCACACAUUCCCCCCUGUUCCGCACUCUCACAGUCCAGCCUGGACCGCACCGCACUCUCGCAUUCCCCCCUCUUCCGCACUCUCACAUACCCCCCUGUUCCGCACUCCCACCCUCCCCCCUCACUCUCCCAUUCCCACGGGCCCAGCACCCUAACAUUACCUCCUAUCCCGCACUCUCACAUCCCCUCCUCUCCCGCACUCUCUCAUUCCCUCCUAUCCCGCACUCUCUCAUCCCCUCCUCUCCCGCACUCUCUCAUUCCCUCCUAUCCCGCACUCUCUCAUUCCCUCCUAUCCCGCACUCUCUCAUUCCCUCCUAUCCCGCACUCUCUCAUUCCCUCCUAUCCCGCACUCUCUCAUUCCCUCCUAUCCCGCACUCUCUCAUCCCCUCCUCUCCCGCACUCUCUCAUUCCCUCCUAUCCCGCACUCUCUCAUUCCCUCCUAUCCCGCACUCUCUCAUUCCCUCCUAUCCCGCACUCUCUCAUUCCCUCCUAUCCCGCACUCUCUCAUUCCCUCCUAUCCCGCACUCUCUCAUUCCCUCCUAUCCCGCACUCUCUCAUCCCCUCCUCUCCCGCACUCUCUCAUUCCCUCCUAUCCCGCACUCUCUCAUUCCCUCCUAUCCCGCACUCUCUCAUUCCCUCCUAUCCCGCACUCUCUCAUUCCCUCCUAUCCCGCACUCUCUCAUUCCCUCCUAUCCCGCACUCUCUCAUUCCCUCCUAUCCCGCACUCUCUCAUUCCCUCCUAUUCCGCCCUCCCUCAUUCAGGCCUGUCCCGCACUCUCGCAUACCCCUUCCUGGCCCACUCACAUACCCCCUCACCCGCACUCACACAUUCCCCCCUGUUCCGCACUCUCACAGUCCAGCCUGGACCGCACCGCACUCUCGCAUUCCCCCCUCUUCCGCACUCUCACAUACCCCCCUGUUCCGCACUCCCACCCUCCCCCCUGUUCCGCAUUCUCACAUCCCCUCCUCUCCCGCACUCUCUCAUUCCCUCCUAUCCCGCACUCUCGCCAAAACCCCGCCUGUCCAGCACUCACGCAUUCCCCUCCUCUGCACUCUCACAUUCCCCUUCCCUUGGCUCUCACAUUCCCCUUCCCUGCACUCUCACAUUCACCUUCCCUGCACUCUCACAUUCCCCUUGCCUGCACUCACACAAUCCCCUGUCCUGCAAGUCUAA